AAGUACAGUGGAGAGAAGUUAAUGAAAAAGUUAGUUCUUUAGUAUCUCAACUUCAAGAGAAAAAGGAUGAACUUCCUAAAUUAGAGUUUGAGCUAUCAAAGUUAGAGAUAUGCGUUGAUGUUUGCGUAAAAAGUAUUACCUAUAAUGAAACAAGAAUAAUCGAGUUACGGCAAAAAGAGAAUUUAAAUAUAGAGCGUAUGGGACAACUUCGAUCACAAAAUGAUCAUCUUACACAAGAGUUGGAUAGAUUGAAACGUCAACCUUCUAAAAUUAAUGAAGAGAUUAAGAUUUUGCAAGAUAAGAUUUUGGAAAUUGGGGGUAAACUUCGAGCUCAAAAGUCUAAAAUAGAUCAUGUUAAAGAUCAAAUAGUUUUAAUAAAUGAGCGACCUACCAAGUCGCAAGUGGCUAAAUCAAGGGCGGAAAAGGAAAUGAAAAAAUUCGAAAAUUCUCUAGCAAAUAAUGAAAGAGGAUUAGAAGAAUUAAAUAAUGAGAUAGAAAAUAUUACAAAAGAAAUUCAACAGAAAGCCAAUGUUGCACGUUCCAUUCGUAUUAAAGCCGAUGAAGCCAAAUCUAAAUUGGAAAGUAAAAAAGAAGAAUUAGGUGAGAUCAAGGAAAAAUUUGAUGAAAAAACCGAAAUUAUUAAUCAGAUUAGCGCAAUUGAGAAAAUAAACAAAGAAAUUCAUUGGCGAAAAUCUCUUAGCGACCUUACACUUCAUGAAAUUUGGGUUGACGAGGCGCAAGAAUUUCAAAUCUAUACUGAUGAUGAGCUCGAUGCAAUGGACAAAGAUACAUUACAAGGAGAGAUUGAUAUUCUUAAAGAUUUUGAAGAGAUUACUUUUAAGUGUAAUGAAUGUAAAGAGAAUUACGAUAAUUUAAGGAAGCAAAGAUUGGACGAAUUCAUGCAUGGAUUCGAUAUUAUUUCUCAAAAGCUUAAAGAAAUUUACCAGAGGUUUGUUUCUGGAGGAAAUGCCAAGCUUGAAUGCGAUGGCUUGGACCCCUAUUAUGAUGGUGUCGUUUUUAGCGUUAAGCCGCCGAACAAGAGCUGGAGAACGAUCUCAGAUUUAUCUGGUGAAGAAAAGACACUUUGUUCUUUGGCUCUAAUAUUUGCUUUGCACCAUUACAAAUCUACACCCAUAUGUGUUAUGGACGAGAUUGAUGCGGCCUUGGAUUUUCGUAAUGUUUCAAUCGUCGCAAAUUAUAUCAAAGAACGUAUUAGGGACGCACAAUUUAUUGUUAUUAGUUUAAACGAUAACAUGUUUGAAUUAGCGGAUCAUUUAGUAGGCGUAAAUUUCAAGAACUUAUAUUAA